CAAAAUAACGCCAACGAACGCCAAAUCAGCACAAGGACGUGCCAGCAGACUCGGAAAAAUCAAUAACAACACAGCCACAGAGCGACAAAGGCCGGAAGUGCAUUUUUCGUCCUUAUACGCGUUAAGUAACUCAGAGAAAGGAUAAAAGCUAACACUUUUUUUAAAAGAUGGAGUAGUUUUUUAUGAAGAAUUCUUAGAAAACGUCUAAAAUGGUGGGAAAGGGUUCUAGUGGAUUGGGCGUGGACACAGGCACGGGCAGCAAGGAACGCCCUGUUUUUAUUCCCCCACGGAAACGUCAACAAACAAAAUCGGAGGCCAAAAAACAGAAUUAUGUGGAUCACAUCGUCAGCGUCCAGCAAAAUCGACCUAAAUUGUCACCUUCAAAUCCCGGACUCGAGGAGGAGCUCCGCAAGACAAAGCUGAUUAUCAAGAACAAGCAACCGUUACCGCAACUUCCGGGGGAACUUGGAGUUCCCAAUGCCCAGGAUACCUUGGCCAGUACCCACUCGGCUAGCUCCACUCAGCACAGCCAGAAAUCAGCUCGCUCGACCAGUAACAUCAACGAGCUGCAAAACUUCGAGUCCAUCUCGCAGGGUACAAAAUCCAAUUCCCAAAGACAUGAGAGCAGCACGGUGACUCCCAGUAGUUGCUGCUACUCGGAGAGCAGCUUGGACGCAAAGCUUAGCAAGUCGCAGGACUGCCUGAGCAACAGAUCCUCCUCCAAGAAGCGAGUGAACAUUAGGACCUCUGAUCUGCCCGGUCAGGCGCGCAAUCAGCGCUCAUCGCCGGAUAUCGCCAACUAUGAGGACCUGGAAUCGGGGGAGACGAGUGUGCUCAACACCUACGACCAGAGCCUGGAGCGAAGCUACCAGGCGCGAAAGGAAGGAUACCUGACCAUGACGGGCACCAUCAAGCGGGGUCGCAAAAAAGGCCAGUCGGUGGAUCUCCAGAUCAACAUCAGUCGCGAGGAGCUGGAGCAGUUGAAUGCCAAUGCAAUGGCCAGUGAGACGCAUAAAGGCGGCAGCUUGUGUUGCCGCUGUAGCUGUGGAGUGGGACUCCAUAUCCUGCUAAUAUCGCUGCUGUGCCUUCCAUUUGUGACGGUCAUCUCGGGGGUGUACUCCUUCUACAUUGGUACUCUUACCUGGUACAACAUGUUCAACUACUACUGCGAGGAGCGUACGUACCUGCACAAGAUCCUGGUGACCCCGCUCCUGUUUGCGGUCUAUCCGCUGGUCAUCGUCCUGUGCACCUUUGGGCUGGGUAUUUACUCCGGCAUCCGACAGCUGAGCCUGCAGUAUAGCAGUUGGGUGAACGACAUCACGGACAUCGAGAAGGGAUUCUACGGCUGGUUGUGCGGCUUCCUGCGAAUGCCCGACUGCAGUCCAUACGAGGUGGUCAUCCUUACCGACAUCUGUGUUGCGCCGCAGGACCCACAGAAGUUGCACAUCAAUAAACCGCGCCAGGAGCUCUCCAUGUAGGAAGUUUCAUUUGUAUUGCGGGCCCGCAUUUUCGACCAUAAGUGUGAUAUAAAAACGUAAUUACAUUUGCAGUGCAGGAGUGCCAUCACUCGACACAUUAAGUUUCCUUUGGCCAAAUUUGUUCCUUUUACAUUGACAUAAACAUAUGUCUGCAAUUGCAGCUUUAGAAACCGGAAAUAUACUAUAUACACGAACAGAUAGAUAUCGAAGUUAAAACAUUAUCCAAACUUAAAGAGCCUAGAAAUUAAGUUACUAGAAAUCUCAACACUCGCACAGCGUCUAAAACACUAGGAUAUCUUUCGGAGAGUUCGGAAAACCGAAGCCAAUAAUGUAACCUUGCAUUUGUUUCAAACUAAAAAAAAAAUAAUAGUAGCUGAUCUAAAAAUGUUGUGUAACAAUAUGAUUGCUCAAUAUUUUCAUAGAUAAUUGCUAGCCAAUUCAGAUGACAAUUUCCUUUUGCUAAUUUUUUAUGAUUUUCAAAUUAAACCUAACUAUAGUUAGGUACGAUUUAAUUCUGUUAUUUAAUUGG